AGCUGAAGCGACUUCAUAAAAAGAUGGCUGCAAAUGAUGAAGAGAGUCUCUACCACAAAGUUCAAGUCCAACCUUUCUCCUCUACACCAAGGUUGGAAGACAGUAAGAGUGGAGAUGAUGGAAAGAUGCAAAUGCCUGCUACCACCUGGAGUAAAAGGUUGGGAUUGGAAGAGCUCUCUUCCUUGCAGGCAUGGCGAGCAUCCAUAGCAGAACUUCUGGGCACGGCUACUUUGGUUUUUGUACUAGACACCAUCGUCAUCUCCUCCUACGAGACCGACACCAAAUCACCAAACCUCCUUAUAGCCUUCUUCGCCGCCCUCAUCUUCACAAUUAUGCUCCUCGCCACCUUCCCAAUCUCCGGUGGCCACGUCAACCCUAUCAUCUCCUUCUCCGCCGCACUCGUCGGCCUCAUCUCUGCGACUCGAGCUGUCAUUUACAUUUUAGCCCAGUGCAUCGGUGGCGUGCUUGGCGCCUUGGCACUCAAGGCCGUGGUCAGCAGCAAAAUCCAGAGUGCCUUCUCACUUGGUGGUUGCACCCUCACAGUUAUUGCACCAGGCCCAGAUGGGCCCAUCACUGUAGGAAUUGAGACAGGCCCAGCGCUCUGGCUUGAGGCCAUAUGCACUUUCGUGUUACUUAUCGCCUCCGUAUGGAUCGCAUUCGAUCAUCGUCAAGCCAAGGCCCGUGGGCCUGUAAUUGUGUUUUCGAUCAUCGGAGCCGUGGUGGGGCUGUUGGUGUUUGUGUCAACGACGGUAACGGCGAAGAAGGGUUAUGCCGGUGCUGGGAUGAACCCUGCACGGUGUAUUGGACCGGCUAUUGUGAGAGGGGGACACCUUUGGGACAGACACUGGGUCUUCUGGGUCGGCCCAGCCAUAGCUUGUGUGGCGUUUUAUGUUUACACGAAGGUCAUACCACGUCAGCAUUUCCACGCCCAAGACUAGUUGCUGUUAUAGCUUCCUCACCACCUCUAAUUACCAACCCAUACUAAGGCAGAAGUCCUAAAUAAAAUGGCGUUUUAUGUUCUACAUGAUACUGUUUUUCCUACCAACCAAUAGGCCUCAACAGCUAGCUAGCUAGCCUUAGCCCAACCCAUUAAAAUGGACUGGUAGCCCAGGCUUCGGAAUGCAAAGCCAUGUCAAGUUUGGGCUUGUGCAACGUUUCUAAUUAGGGAUGUAAACAGAGCGAAUUCGAAGCACAUACAUUUGUAAUAGAAUUUGUAUCCAACAAACAUAUCCGCUAUCCGAAUUUGACCAGAUUUUGAACAGACAUUUCAAUUGAUUAUUUGAAUUGGUAUC